AUUAAGACCUGAGCGAGGCCGCUAGGGGGAGCUGUGCAACGUCAAGCACGACCCACAUACACAAGUGAGUAGUUUUUAGAAGUUCAACUGUGCAUUCCUCUCACUGACAAACCUAAGUACGGGAAGCAAGGAAGGCGGCCAGCACAGACAAACGGCAGUACUACACACAGGAUGCAGGCAUCAGUGUGGACCGGAUGUGCCGUAGGCAUGGUCUUGGCUGUGACCUUGACGUUGACCUCAGCACAACCGAAAGCAGGCUGUUACUUCGAGCAAGUGGCCGGCAACAACACCGUCUACCUCGACACCUACUCCGGUAGCAUCAUGCCAUGUGCUAGUGGCACCGUCUUCAACGUUAAGACAUGCACAUGUGUGCAUGGAGAAAACAAAUUUAAAUGGUGCAGACCACGAUUCGCAAUGGAUUUUAACUCUAAAACCGUCAAGAACAAGGUGAUACGCUAUAACAUCGGCGGUGGCGAGACGCUGGAUCUGUACAAGGGAUUUGCGCACUUCACUGAAGAUUCCUCGGCCAUCUUCUGGACCUUCAAAGACAGGCCCUUUGACCCCAAUCUUCAGGUUCAGAUGAGAUUUAAGGAUGAUCCUACAUCCAAGGCAAAGAAACAGGUUUUGCUCACCAACUGUGACGCCAAAGACCCUCCCGGUAAACCCUCACUGCUCGUCUUUUUGGACAAGACACAAUUGAAUCACGCGAAGAAAAACCUCGUGAGAGUUCGCGCGAGAACUUACAAUAUGUCUCAAGGCGUGGAGGUAGUGGUGCCGUUCAAGUCGGGGGAGUUCAACACACUGGUCGUCUUAAAGGCAAUGGACACACUGAGCGUCCGGAUAGACUACGAGCAUGGCGGUCGUACCAUCAACAGUAACGGCCUCGUCGGUGACUUGGUGAAGAGCAAUAGCGCCCUGCGCCUUGGGUCUUGUCCAAUGCAGAAAAAUGGAUUCGUCGGUGUGUUGGACUGGUUCGAUUACUAUCCCUGCUGGCCAAAAGUUUAAACAAGUCAGACAACUGCUGCACUGUCAUCACAGCCGAUGUCCAUGUACUGAUCAAGUUUCAAUUAUAUUUGUAAACACAAACCUGUCAUGUAAAAGUCCAACGAAUCUAG